AUGUUUCCCUCGCCUUAUUUUAAGGAUGUGACUUGCUGUCUGAUUGUGACUGGCAAGUCCCUCGCCCAAUCCAAGCCGGAAAGGGGUACAUUGAUACUUGAAGCAGUAAUAUUGAAAAUGGUCAGUGCGAGGUCAGUAGACAGGCAGUUGGAUGCGUGCUUCAGCAACCUCAUGGUGUCUAGCGGUGGUGGAAGGGGGCAGGCUGAAACUGGUGGCGCUAUGCCUAUGUUGUCAGGAUGGAAGGACCUUCCAAUGGAGCUGCUUAUGCGGAUCAUAUCAGUUGCUGGAGAUGAUCGAAUUGUCGUUGUGGCAUCCGGUGUUUGCACUGGCUGGCGCGACGCGUUAGGAUGGGGGGUCACUAAUCUUUCCCUCUCAUGGUGCCAGCAGAACAUGAAUAACUUAACAAUAUCAUUUGCUCACAAGUUCACAAAGCUUCAGGUUCUCACUCUUCGCCAAAUCAAACCUCAGCUUGAAGACAGUGCAGUAGAGGCUGUUGCCAACUACUGUUAUGAUCUACGUGAGUUAGACCUCAGCCGAAGUUUCCGGCUUAGUGACCGUUCAUUGUAUGCACUGGCCAACGGAUGUCCUCGGCUUACAAAACUGAACAUCAGUGGGUGUUCCAGUUUCAGUGACAGUGCCUUAAUCUACCUUAGUUGCCACUGUAAAAACCUGAAGAGCUUGAAUCUUUGUGGAUGUGGAAAGGCAGCCACUGAUGAAUCCUUGCAGGCCAUAGCCCAAAACUGUGGGCACCUGCAAACUUUAAACCUAGGUUGGUGUGACAAUGUCACAGAUGAGGGGGUUACCAGCUUGGCAUCAGGUUGCCCUGAUCUCAGGGCCCUGGAUUUGUGUGGCUGUGUUCUUAUAACAGACGAGAGUGUUAUUGCUCUAGCAAGCGGGUGCCCGUACCUGCGAUCUUUGGGCCUGUACUACUGCCAGAACAUCACCGACCGUGCCAUGUACUCCCUCGCAAACAGCUGCGUGAAGAGCAAACGAGGGAGGUGGGGCACCCCGCGGAGCAGCAGCAGCAGCUCGAAGGACGUCGAUGGGCUGGCAAACCUGAACAUCAGCCAGUGCACGGCCCUGACGCCCCCCGCGGUUCAGGCGGUGUGCGACUCCUUCCCGUCGCUCCACACCUGCCCGGAGAGGCACUCCCUCAUCAUCAGCGGCUGCCUCAGCCUGACUAACGUCCACUGUGCCUGCGGCCUCCAGCGCCACCGCGCCGGAAGCGCCCUGCAGGCCACCAGCCAUGCGUACUGA